GUUUCUGCGUCUUAAUGUCUUCACUUGCAACUAUCACUUUGUUGCAAGGUAAAAACUUUUUCAGUCAUAACUGAUAAAUUUCGGCUAGUUAUGUCUUUGUCCUUCUGUACUAAAGGUGCAUGUGUGGGGUUUUAUGACGUCAGACUGAGUGCGCGUGCCCGGCGCUGCUGCUGCUGUUGCUGAGCUGCUCAUUCUGUGUGUUACUGACACCUCAGUUCUGCAAGCUUAACACAUCGCGCAGAAUAUAAAACCCCGACAAGUCUGCAAAGCGAUAAAACGCACGACUCUCAGCAUGGAGCGUCUGCUAAACGGAGCAGGCUGGAGACGGGAAGAGCAGCGCUAUCAGCCACCUCCAUCAUCACAGCGCAUCGCAAGGGCACCUGCGCUCAGCAGAGCCAGCGCGAGCGGGGCAUCAACUCCGAAAGCAGGCCACAGCUCGCGCCACUUUGCUCCUGAGAUGCCUCUAAGGAUGACGAACGAGAAAGAAUUACUGCGCGGCCUGAACGACCGAUUCGCGGGCUUUAUCGAGAAGGUGCAUCGUCUGGAAAGCCAAAACAGAGCGCUGGAAAGGGAAAUAGAGGACAUUCGACUAAAAGCAAAGUCGUCCACGUCUCUGGCCAAGCAGUACGAGCCGGAGCUGCAGGAGCUGAGGAGGCAGGUGCGUGACAUGGCAAUGCAGAAGCACCGGAUGGAGCUGGAGCAGAAGCGUGUGGAGGACGAGUUUAACGCGCUGAGGGAGAAAUGCGAAGGGGAGGCGCGCAGCAGAGCUGAAGCCGAGGAGAGCAUUUCUGCGCUGAAGAAAUACAUCGACAACGCGUAUCUAGCCCAACAAGAGAUGGACAGAAAGGCGAAAGCUCUUACAGACGAGAUCGAGUUCCUGAAGAGAAACCACGAGGCUGAAGUGAGCGAUAUUCUGACGCAGAUGAAGGAGACGCGGGUUUGUGCAGAAGUGAGCGGUUUGGGGAAAGGCGAGCUCACCGCGGCGCUCAGGAACAUCAGGACACAGCUGGAAGGUCGCGCUUUCUGUCUCGACACGCACUCAGAGCAGCACUUCAGCAGUCAGCUGGCCAGACUCACCAAAGCUGCCGAGACCGACAGAGAGGCUCUGAUAGCCACAAAAGCUGAAAUCAACCAAUACAGGAGGCAGCUGCAGACCAAGAGCGUGGAGCUGGAUUCAGUCAGAGGGAUGAGAGAAGCUCUGGAGAGGCAGCUGUAUGACCUCGAGCAACGACACACCGCCGAAAUCCAUCACUACCAGGACACCAUUAGAGAACUGGAACAGGAGCUGAAAAACACCAAAUAUGACAUGAGUAGCCAUGUGCAAGAGUAUCGCGAUCUGCUAAAUGUGAAAAUGGCCUUGGAUGCUGAAAUCUAUUCAUACAGAAAAUUGCUGGAGGGUGAGGAGUCAAGAUACUCCACUCUUUCUGAUGCACAGAUACCAGUGCCUUAUGUUUACAGGCAGUCACCCAUCUAUACUCUGCCUAGUGUCCCAAAGGUAGGGGGAGUGACUCGCAAAGCAGAGCCGCAGUACAAGUUUGUUGAGGAGAUUAUUACAGAGACAACCAGGGAAGACAUAGAGAUAUCAGACACAGGGUCUGAUGAUGCUGAAGAACAAAGGGAGGGUGAUAAAGUGUGUAGCGAGAAAGAGAAUGCAGGUGUAGCAGCAGGAAGUGAAGCGCACUUAGAGGAAAAAAAGACCCAAGAAUCAGACGCAGAGGAUAACACAGGCAGCCCCAAUGCAGAACAACUGGACCAACAGAAACAGAAACCAACAGAAAGGGAAGAGCAGUUACUAAAAAAGUCUACAGAUGUUACAGAUGUUAUGGAUCUCAAGGAAGGCGGCAUGAAUACUGAACCAGCACAGAACAAUUUAACUGCAUCAGAACAAACUGGAGAGAAGGAUACGGAUAACAAUUACAACAAAGAUGAUGACACAGACUCCAAAACCAAAGAACCAGAUUUAGACACAAAAACAGAAAAACCACAAGCAGAUAGAAGUGGUGAUGAGGAUGUAGAAAAGGUAACUCUCGACACUGAAAAAGGGAAACAAGACAUAGCAAAAGAAAUAGACCAAGCCAGUAUUAAACAACCACAGCCAACAGAGCAAACAGCCACACAGGAGGCCAUUACAGAGCCAGGAAAAAGUGCCAUGGAAGAGAUUUCUCCAAAAUCUGAGAACGAAACAGCAAAAAAAGAGACACAAAAUGUAGCUGAGCCUGAAGAUUCCUCUCCUGGAAAAGCAAUGGAGAAAGACAGAGAAAUUAGUGAGGUGAAAUCUGUGAAGGUGGACACAUCUACUGCUGACUCACAGCCAGUAUCUCAAAAAGCUGAGACAGGACAAGAGACACGUCCUAACAGCCAAGCAGAUUCAAAGCAGAGUGUAGAAACCUCACAGGCUGAAGUACUCGAUACUACUAAUGCAGCGAGUGCACAGGAUAAUGCAGCGGAGGUGCAAAAAGAGCUGGCAGAGAAAGUAAAGACAGAGGCACCGGCGCUAAAAAGUGAAGUAAAAGAAAUAAAAUCUGAGGAGGUGAAAAAAGAGGACAGCAAACCAGAGGUUGAUAGAGAAACUGUGAAACCAGAAAAGGGAGACAGUGCCCAAUCUACAGAGGCACAAAAAACACAGGACAAUGUCUCCAAAACUGCUGCCACAGAAACAGAAGUUGAAACAUCUGAAACAAAGGAGAUUCAAACAAAGGACAUGAUGGACAGUGCAAAAAAGGAGGAAGGUACUGAAUCAAAGAAAACAGAGAAAGAGGUUGAUCGAAUGCAGAUCAAAGAACAGAUAAAAGUUGUAGGGAUGGAGACAAAAUCAGAGGAGCAGUCUCAGAAAAAUGCAGAUGGCACUAAAGAAGAUACGGUAGACAGUCCUAAAACAGAGGAAAAUGUAACAACCAAAUCCUCUGAAAUACAGAAAGAAGACAUUCAGAAGGAUACAGAGCCAAAAUCUACUGAAAAGGAAACAAAAUAUGAGCGAAAACCAGAGAAACAAGGUUCCAAGGAGCAUGAACUGGAGACUUCGGAGGACAUCAAAGAGAUGGAUAGAAUCAAGCCUAAGGGGCAAGAGAUAGACAGUAAAACCUCUAAAGAUGUACAGCCUGAACAAAGUGUUCCAAAGACCUCACCAGAAAAAGAACAAAGUAAAGACCAGACACACACACACAAAGACUCACGUGAAAUCAAGGACACAAAAAUUGAGAUAUCAGACAAGACUGAUAGCAGCGAGGCAAAGCAGGACAGUAGCAAGAUGGGCAUGACUAAAAGUAAAGAUCUUGAAAAGGAUCCUACACCCCUGAAAGAUUCCAAAAAACCGGAGCCUACAGAGAAAGAACAAGUUUCUGUAUCUGAGAAAGGGCAGGACAACAGCAUGAAAGCAGAUCUGAAAAAAGAGAGAGACGUGCCAGAAGUAACUGAGAAUGGAGUAAAUAUAUGAAUGAAUUUUUGAGACAGCUUCACAGGCAAUAUUAGUAAUGCAAAGUGUAAAAGUAACUAGCAGUUUAGAUAAGUCAUGUGAAUGUUGCACAAAUGCUUUCAAAACUGCAUGAACAGCUACAUAACUGCAUGAAGCAACAAAUAACUGCAGUGUUAACCUACAUGCAACUUAAGAGCUGAUGUAUGCAUGUUUGCUGAUAUCUAGGUUAAAUCUAGGCUGAUGAAUAAAAAAUAGGUAAUAAAAUAGAAUGUAUAUGUUUAAAUGCAAAUAUUUUGCUAUACCACAACUGCUUGUUAGAUGAAUGUGUAUAUUUAACAGAAUGCUAUAUAUUGGCAGAAUAAAUAGUAUUUCAGCAUAUCGAUUUGUUUUUGGUGUGCCAUUACUUUUCUCUCCCAGACAUGUAGCAGAACUCCACAACAAACUUAGUUACAGCUAAUAUAAAAUGUGAAUCUAUGAUUCUAUGGAUGUACAGCAUGACUGUAACAUAGCACAACUGGUUAUUCGCCUGGAAUCAUCCCCGGAAAACAAGGGUUACUUGAGUGUUAUUAGUUCCCCUUCGUGGAGGAUCAUACACAUGCUAAGCAUUUGAGGUACAAAGCCAGGUCCAUGAGGUGCAUUACGUAAGAAGUAAAGUGUUUUGUUCCUCAUAUAACACAGCAGUUCGCCAACACUGACAUAUUUUUUAUUUAUUAAAGAACAAAACAUUUAAUCCAUGUUUAGUUACAUUUAGCAUCGUCACUGUCAAACAGUAGUUGCCUCAACAGCCUCUUUUUUCCUCUCUGGGAGUAAAGACAAAAAAUGCAGCUUGUCAUGUUGACAAGAUACUGCAAAGCCCUCCAUUCUGAAGCUAGUUCCAUGUGUCAGAAAUACAG